AUGCCCUAUUAUACCUUGUGGCCUUUUUGGGUGGACACCCACGUGGAUCCCCCCUUCCAGAAAAAGAGUGACGGCUCGGUCCAAGACCGGAAUAAGCGGCCUGUGAAUCUCUACCCCGAAGUGCCGGAAGUCCUGCAGCAGUUGCAGAGCGAAGGGAUCGCCAUGGCAACUGCCUCUCGGACAGGCGAGAUCCGAGGAGCCAGACAACUUUUAGACCUUUUCGACUUAAAUCCCUACUUUCGCUACACAGAAAUCUACCCUGGCAGUAAAAUCACCCAUUUCCAAAGGUUGAAUCAGCAGAGUGGCAUCCCGUUUCAUCAAAUGCUCUUUUUUGAUGACGAAAGCCGCAAUAUUCGCGACGUCAGCACGCUAGGAGUUGUGUGUGUCGCUGUCCCAAGAGGCAUGACUCUUUCACUCCUCCGGGAGGGCAUGGAGAGUUUCGCACGCAGUUCUGACUCUCUUCCAGCCGACAAAGUUUAAACCUCAACCUU